AGUGAUGACGUAGCUUCUGAGCCCUUUAAAUUUGAGUGGACGCGGGCUGCCAGAACAGUAGAAGGUAGCUGUGCGAAAUCUUGUCUCGCGGCGUGGCUGAACCGUGACUGACCCCGAGACGCUCCAAGACAUGUCGGCCCAAUGGAACAACGGACCUUCCUGCUCGGGGGGGAUGGGACCUGCCGACUCAAUCAACGACUGUGGGCGAGGUGCAGUGGUUCUGCUGGUUUGGGACCAGCUCCUGGGGUUGACGGCUCCGAUACUGCCGAUCCUGACAAGCUUGUCCAGUGUCCCUAUGACAAGAAUCACUGGAUCCGGGCCUGCCGCGUCCCCUACCACUUUAACAAGUGCAGGAAGAACCACCCAGAGCUAGCCAGUAAGCUGAAGACCUGUCCUUUCAAUGCUCAGCACUUGCUCCUACCAAACGAGCUUGCCCACCACAUUGCCAACUGUACUGAUGGGCGCACUGUUAAUCUGGAUGAUCCAGACCACACUGAAGUGCCAAGCAAGCUGAAAGUUCCUGUGAGCUCCUGGCAGCCACCUGAAAGCGAGGAGAACUGGGAGGAAGAGCUUGAUGAGCAGCAGGAGACCUUUAUCUGGGGAGCAUCAGCAUCUGGUUCAAAGGAAGUCAAAUCUGAUUCCAGCACCUGCAUCCCUCCUGGGCUCCGAGCUCCCAGGACGCUUCCUUGGAGAAAGUAAGGACUGGCCUUGUGAGGACACUGAUUCUACACUUUUAACUUUUUACUUUUUUUAAAUUUUUUUAUUUCUCCAGGGAAUGCACACAAAUGUUUUAAAGGCAGUGUCCUGCCUUUUGGGAAAAACAAUCAUAGCUGUUAAAUUGGUUCCCCUUUUUAGUUUAACUCUGAGAUUUUAGCUGCAUGCGAAGCCAGUGGAGUAUGUGCUCUUUCUGUAGUGAUUUUUACUUGAAUAAAAAUAACCUGAUUUGCCUUUAA